AGGGCCAGUGCGGGAACAGCUGACAGCUGGGAUCUCGGCCGCAUACUUAAAACACCUCAUCAGUUACCUUCAGUGACAGUAACGGGGUCUUCUGUAAGAUCAUUAGAAUAAUAGACAACAGCAGAUUAUGUAUCAACCACACCACCAUCUGAUUAGAUAAGGGCACGCAGUAACAGUACUGGAGUCAUCAACAGGUUAUUUUCUAGUUAAGAAUUCAGACCAAGGAAAGCCAUGAAGUACUGCAGCACACGGGGUCUGGAGACUGGCCUCUCCUUUAAAGAUGUCUUAUUCUCAGAAUGCGCGCCUUAUCCGCCCGCUGUUUAAAUACCCAGCCCGGGUUAUCAGGUUCCAGUGUGACUAUUUGCCUGUCACUCACACGCUCAGCCACAGGGAACCUUCCUGAAUGAUAUGCAAAAGAUGGUGGGUUAUAUAUGCCAGACACCAUUCCUGCACUGAGCAAGAGAGAGUUGGAGCAGUGGCGUGAACACACUUACCCUGAGCUGAUGUAUGCCAUUGGCCGCAAGUUUAUUGAUCCCCAGGAAAUUCCAGACAAAGAUUUAGAUGAUAUAGUCAACAGCAGCUUACAAAGGUUCAAAAUCCCAGAAGUCGUUCGUAUUGAGCAUUUACAAGGAGGAUUGAAUAUUGUGGAACUCUUUCAUGGAAGAACUAUGGCUUUCAAGGACUUGGCUCUGUCCGUAGUGGGUAACCUACUGAACUACUUUCUCAGUAAGAGUGGUCAGCACAUCACGAUCCUCAUAGGCACAUCAGGUGAUACUGGUAGUGCGGCCAUUGAGAGUGUGCGCGGAAGAGAGUGCAUAGACAUUAUUGUACUUCUGCCACACGGUCGUUGCACAGUCAUUCAGGAGUUACAGAUGACUACAGUUAUUGAAGACAAUGUUCAUGUUUAUUGUGUUGAAGGAAACUCUGAUGAAUUAGACAAGCCUAUCAAGCAGUGUUUUGCUGACAAGGAGUUUGUCUCGGCUCACAAUCUCAUCUCAAUCAACUCCAUCAACUGGGGACGCAUCAUGGCACAAGUGGCUCACUUCUUCUUCACAUACUACCAACUGUGUGGCAACGUGGGUGACCUCGUCCAGGUGAUAGUACCAACUGGAGCUGCUGGUAACAUAACAGCUGGCUGCAUAGCACAGAAAAUGGGACUACCCAUCACGCUGGUGUCAGGAGUAAACAUUAACGACUCUGUAUCAAGGGCAAUAGAAAAAGGAGACUUUUCACUGAAGGAUGAAGUAUAUCAGUCUCUUGCCCCUGCCAUGGAUAUACAGAUUCCAUAUAAUGUGGAGAGGUUGGUGUAUAUAUAUGCUGACAGUAACACUAAGAGGGUCAAAGACAUCAUGGAUAAAUAUGAGAAGGACGGCAAGACGAGUAUUCCUCGGGACAUUUUGGACGCCAUGAGGAAGACCAUUAUUGAAUCAAUUGUGGUUGAUGAUGCCAGAAUAACAGAGGUGAUGCAAAGAAUACAUGAGGAGCAUAAAUAUGUAGUGUGUCCCCAUACUGCAGUGGCUGCUGCCUAUCACUACCAAAGAUUCUUCGAACACUGCUGGAGACAGCUGGGAACUCGAGGCUGUUUGUUUACAAUAAUAUUCUCAGACACGGGUAUUGUGGAAGGGGAGCUACAGCCACUGGUCAACUGGCACAACAAUACGCAGGAGGUGCUAGACGCUGCCAGAGAGGGCCCAGGGGAGCAAGGCAGGCCCCACUACCUCGGACCAGGCCUCGAGAAGAAGAGGGAUGAUCUGUAUUACACCAAUGGUUUCAAUGCCCUCCUCAGCGAUGACAUCGCACUUGACAGGUCACUUAAGGACAUCCGGCAUCCCAAAUGCAAGACAAAGUUAUACAGUGCCAAACUGCCAACAGUCAGCAUAGUGAUUCCCUUCUUUGAGGAGCACUGGACAACCCUCCUACGUACAGUCGUCUCUGUAGUUAAACAUUCCCCACGACACCUCCUGAAGGAGAUCAUCUUGGUUGAUGAUGGCAGUACCAUAAAGGAUUUCCUGAAGGAUCCAUUGGACAACUGGCUGAAGGAACACGUUCCCAUUGCUAAAGUUAUACGUCUGCCUUCUCGGGUAGGGCUGAUUGUUGCCCGCCAAGAGGGUGCCAAGGCCGCCACAGCUGAUACCAUUGUGGUCCUGGAUUCCCACUGUGAGGUCAUGGUCAACUGGCUGCCUCCCCUCCUGGAUCCCAUCGUUGUCAACUACCGCACCGCUGUGUGUCCGCUCAUUGAUGUGAUCAACAAGGACACAUUUGCCUACUCCCCGCAAGACAAUGGUGCUCGGGGAGCCUUUGACUGGCGAUUAUACUACAAGAGGUUACCGCUGACAGACAAGGACAACAAUCUCUUACCAGAGCCAUUUGAGAACCCAAUUAUGAAUGGAGGAUUGUUUGCCAUUAGCCGCAAAUUCUUCUGGGAGUUGGGAGGCUACGACCCUGGCCUGGCCAUCUGGGGUGGUGAGCAGUAUGACCUGUCCUUCAAGAUCUGGCAGUGUGGGGGCAGAAUGCUGGACGCUCCCUGCUCGCGGGUGGGCCACGUCUUCAGGGGCGCUCCUAAAGGUCGACCAUCAGUCAAGGGAGACUUCCUCAGUAAGAACUACAAGAGAGUGGCAGUGGUGUGGAUGGAUGAAUAUGCUGAAGCACUGUACCGCAGGAACCCGCACCUGCGUGAAGUUGAUGCUGGAGAUGUGUCAAGAGAAUUGGAGAUACGUGAACGUCUCCAGUGCAAAAGCUUCAAAUGGUACCUGGAGAAUGUAGCGCCCGACUUGGUGAAGAGGUAUCCACCAGUCGAGCCACCAGACUACGCUAAUGGAACAAUUAAGAGCGUCGCGUCGCCUACACUCUGCCUGGACAACGGCUCUAAGGAAUACGGCCCUAUCAUCAUGUAUGGCUGUCACGGCGGCGGUAGUCAGUACUUCGCUCUAUGCUGGCGUAAGACUAUAAGGAUCCAGAGUGAACAGUUCUGCUGGGUAGUUCCUCACACUCAGAGCAGCCCACCCACCACCUCCAACUGCCGCAUAGGAGAACACAUCCCCUCCAUGACCUGGCGAUAUGACCCUGAGACACAGCAGAUACAGUCAGAGAGUAGUGGGUGGUGCGUCGAGGCUCAACCCAAUAGCCACACCCUCAAGAUGGCCGUCUGCGACAACAACAAGGUGGAGCAAAAGUGGAUCUUUAGUUUCACCAACACCAAACUCAUCCAAGACCAAUACCCGCAUUUCCCCAAGUCUAGAGAUACGCUUUAGAGAGAGAGAGAGAGCAAAACAGUGUGUAAGCAAGGCAUGAAAGCCAUAUAUAACCUAUAGUAGUUAUUUUUUUAUUGAAAUCCAAAAUAAGCUUCGCCCCUCAUUCUAGUUUUGGCUUGUGAUUGGUAAGACCCAGACGCCUACGAUCUCAUGAGUUCUGAGUCAAAAUGAUCAUCUACUUGUUCCUCAGAAGUCAAGUCGGUCGGAGAUUAAUAUUUAGCAUAGUAAUCUCUUUCUCUGCUUACCCAGGUAUGGAGUAGGCUAACAGUAAUAUAAGUAAUGUACAGUACCUGUCGUAGCCUACAGUACAUGCAAAGUAGGUUAAAUGUUUGUUACAAUGUCUUAUGAUUUUUUACAUUAGGCUGGUUUCAAGAAGGUUGUAACAGAUGUCUCCUAAUCACGAACAGAUAUAAAACACCAAUAGUAGCCCGAUAAGAAAAAAAAAACAAGCAAACUAAUUUACAGGG